GACGUCACUUCCUGGUUUACGCUGCUAGGAGGAAGAGCUCAAAGAAAGCAACAGAAAGGACGGAAGAAGACAUGGCUGAACUGUCACUGUACCUCACGAACGUUAACGUGUCUCUGGGGCAAACUAUGGACACAGAAAAGAGUUCUACGGUGGUGAAGGAGUUUGAAAAUGUGGAACUUGGAGAUCUGGGCAAAAAGAAGCCAAAGAUUCCUCGCAGAACAAUCUACUUUGCAUCUGGUGAAACCAUGGAGGAGUACAGUACGGACGAAGAGGAUGAAGAAGAACCGGAGAAAGCGAAAACUUUGAGCACAGUGGAUACGUCGAAGUUGACCUGGGGACCGUAUGUCUGGUUCCAUAUGUGGAGAGUAGCUACCUCAACCAUCUCAGUUUGUGACUAUCUCGGAGAGAAAAUGGCCUCGCUGCUGGGAAUCACGACGCCAAAAUAUCAGUAUGCAAUUGAUGAGUACUACAGAAUGAAGAAAGAGGAGGAGGAAGAAGAAGAGGAGAACCGUCUCUCUGAGGAGGCAGAACGCCGUUUUGAGGAGCAGCACGCUCAGGAGGGCCAGCAGCCAAAGAUCGAGCAACCAGAAGCAACCGCUUCUUUUGUGAAUGUGACCUUUGAACUGGAGCAGGAAUCUCACUCUACAUCUGAUGCUAAUAAAGUGCCUGCCCCCAUUCCCUCCUAAAAUACUGUUUGGUCGAUUGAGCAUUAGAUGGUUUUUACCACAUUAACCUUAGACAUGAGGUGUCCUAGGUUUCUUUUUUGGAGGGGAAGUUUACACGAAGGUAACAUUGUUUAUGCAUAGCUGACAAUGGUUCUGCUUUUAAACGCAGAACUGUUUUAAUAAUCAUUUUACAAGCCAUACAUAAAACUAUGGAAGCUUAUUUCUGGUACGGAAUAAAAAAUAUACGUAAUACAAAAAAAGUCAUUGCGAAUUUACCUUAAAAUCUGAGGAAAGAAAUCUGAAAAAAGUCACACUUAGCAAACAAUCAGAGUGCAGUUUAGCAAGAUCUAUCUCUCUUAGAACACUGUGUAGAAAUGGGACUUGGCUCCAAGUUUUGCUACAGUAAGCACGUUUUCUUUCGAAAAUAUACAUAUUUUUAAUUCUGUGGUGGAAAUAAUGUUCCAUAGUCACAACAAUUCAUUAUACAUUUGUAUGAUUACAAACACCUAAAAAGCCUAAGAUAAGCACUGUAACAACUGCAUGGACUACCAAUCUUUUACAAUGCUGUAAAAUGUUAGUACUUAUAGUAGACAUUUCUAUGUUACUGGUGAUGUUAGGAGUUGUCAAACAAAUAGAGUAAACUGUCAGACGGGAAUAUUCCCUCUUUCUUAAGUCAUAGCCUUCAGAGCUGACAACUUUCAAGAAGUUAUUUUUGUAACCAAAUAUUCUUCGUACGUGAGCACCUUAUUUUUGGUGUGCAUGUAAUUCUGUGCUUUAGCCAUGAGAUUUGAGUUGUCCGGCCUUCUGACACACACAGGAAAAAAAAAGCAUUUAAUUUUGAAGAGUGUGUAAUUUAUUUGUGUACAAUAAUUUUGUAUUAUGUUAUGUAGGUGAAAACGCGCCUACCUUUCUAUAACGUAGGUGAAAAAAUACAGUUUGUUUUGUACAUAUUACUUAAUAAACAGUUCAAUAUACAAAUGA